AUGUCACCUCGACUGCGUCAGGGUUCCAGAAUCUGCAAUCUCAGCAUCAUAUGCUGUUGCAUGAUUUCUAUGGUCCUGUGCACUUCUUACGACUAUGGUUUUGAUGUCACCAAGGCCCUCAAGGCCAAGCGCCAAAGAAGUAAUACCAUUGUCACUACCGGCAUGCCUCUGAGUGCAGAUGGCUCUGUCCCAGUCCGAUCUGAGAUCCGGGAUCUCCAGCAGGAUGCGAACAAAUGGUCACUGUACAUCCUCGCCUUGGACAUGAUGCAGUACACGGAUCAGAUGGACCCUUCCUCGUGGUUUGCCAUCACCAGCAUACAUGGCGUACCUUUUCAGUCAUGGAAUGGCGUUUUGCCCACGCCUGGCAAUGAAAAUUCCGGUUACUGUCACCACCAGGAUAUCCUCUUUCCCACGUGGCAUCGUGCGUACGUGGCCUUGUAUGAACAAGAGCUCUGUAGUCGAGCCCAGUUCAUAGCCUCGCUGUACAGCAGCAGCCUCAGAGAUGAUUUUGAGGCUGCGGCUGCCGACUGCAGAGCACCCUACCUUGACUGGGCAGCAAUUCCAGCAGAAGGCGAUGGGAUUCUUCCUGCGAGCGUCGGAGACUCGCCUACGAUGAACAUCUCGGGGCCAGCUGGGGUGCAGACGAUCGCCAACCCUCUCUAUACUUACGCCUUCAACCCUCCCAACUCUUCUGUCUUUUUCAAUAUCACGCCAUGGGCAGACUGGGACAGCACGAGGAGGGCUCCGCCAGACGAGAGCCCGGACAGCCCAUCCAACAACUCGGCCGUUAACCAGGAUUUGAUGAGCCACAUGGUCCAAAAUCAACAAAGAAUUUACAAUCUCUUCUCCAGCUACGACAACUACACCAUUUUCAGCAAUGAAGGUUGGGCGGCAGAUACAUCCCAAUACGACUCGCUCGAGUCCCUCCACGAUAAUGUUCACUCCAUGCUCGGCGGCUCAGACGGGCACAUGACCAUUGUGCCCUUUUCAGCCUUUGACCCCGUCUUCUUCCUCCACCAUUGCAUGAUAGACCGCCUCCUCUCCCUGUGGCAGGUGAUGCACCCGACAGCCUGGAUUGCCCCCGAGAUUGCGAGGUACAACUCCUACACGACCUCUGCCGGUCAGGUCCUGGAGGCAUCGACGCCGCUGACGCCCUUUUAUGCCUCUUCUAAUGGAACCUUUUGGGACUCAGAUAUGCUUCGCGAUCCCACAGCUCUGGGGUAUACGUACCCUGAGAUGCGCUCGGAAUACUCUUCCUUACCAUCCCCUCUUCGGGAUUAUCACAAGAGCUACUCCUACGCCGCCUCAAAACGCCAGUCAGAUCAGUCAUUGCCGGUCAACAGGAUCAUCUCCGAUCAGGGGCAGUACCGAGAAUGGAUCGCUAACAUCCGCGCUGAGAGACAGGGCCUCGAUGGCCCGUUUUCGAUACAGCUGUCUUUCGAAUCAUCAUCCUCUACCUCUUCUUCCUGCCAUGUUGGCUCCAUGGGCGUGUUCGCCUCCCCGCCCUCCGUCGCGAGCCUAAUGCAGAUGACUCCCGGCGCGCAGUACAUCUCCAGCACGGUGCCGCUGACAAGAGCCCUGGUCGAUAAGAUGGCAGAUGGCACGAUCUCUUCCCUAGAGCCAGACGAGAUCAGCAGUUUCCUCAAUACGAACUUGCAUGUCAGCGCUUCCAAGAGCGACGGGACCAGUGUCGACCCGGACGACGUGCCUGGGCUGGGCAUUACGAUAAUCAGCGCGCUCGUCCAGGCCACAUCGAGUGAGCAGAACCUGCCGAGCUGGGAGGAGCCGGACUAUCAGAUGACGUUUUUGUGA